CCUCGGGAGACACCGAAGUCACCUAACACCUGAGAUGCCCGAGCGUACACUAUACUACACUACUGCCGUGUGGAGGCACCGUCGCUCCGCACUUGAAAGUGACAAGCACCACAGGCAAACGCCAAAGCAGCACUUUUGAUGCACCCCUGCUGAGUCCGCUAACGCACCCCGACUUUGUCCCACCCCUGAUCUCCUCCACCGCCGACCGCUAGUGUACGCAGUAGUAUACACGACCGACAUUCCGUAUCCCAACAACGGGUACGGAAUACCUGACCUACUGACCGUCGUUUUUCCACCGAUCUUUCCUUUCUCCGAGAUGCCCGAUCCGUCGUCGAGCAAUUCUCUCCUGGAGCAGACUGUCUCGCUGAUGAGCAGCGCAGCGAGCUAUAUGCGGCUGCCUGCUAUCGCUUCUACUGGGGUCGCCGCUCUCUUGACCGCCCUGCUCUACUUCAAGCAGAAGGCCCUGAUCUAUCCGUCCCACAUCCCGGCCAACGCUCGAACCGACGUCCCCCGCCCGAGCCAGUUUAAUUUCAGAGACUACGAGGAGCUCAUCAUUCCAACCAACGAUGGGGAGAAGCUGUCGGCCUUCUACAUCCGGGGUCCGCGCGGUGGACCCAAUUCGAAGGUGACGGUGCUGAUGUUCCAUGGCAACGCUGGCAACAUCGGCCACCGUCUGCCCAUUGCGCGCAUGCUGAUCGCCGCAAGCGGCUGCAACGUCUUCAUGCUCGAAUACCGUGGUUACGGCAUCUCGACCGGCCAGCCUGACGAGUCGGGCCUCAACAUCGACGCUCAGACCGCACUCGAUUACCUCCGUGAUCGUGCCGAGACGAGGGACCACAAAAUUGUCGUGUACGGCCAGAGCCUGGGUGGAGCGGUUGGUAUCCGUCUUGUUGCCAAGAACCAAGGCGGCGGAGACAUCAGCGGCCUGAUCCUCGAGAACACCUUCCUGAGCAUGCGCAAGCUCAUCCCGAGCAUAAUGCCGCCCGCCAAAUACCUCGCCUACCUCUGCCACCAGGUUUGGCCCAGUGACAGCCUGAUCCCGAGUAUCAAGGUUCCGACGUUGUUUCUGAGCGGCCUUCAAGACGAGAUUGUCCCCCCCAUCCACAUGAAGCGCCUCUACGAGCUCUCCAAGGCCCCCAUCAAAGUGUGGAAGCCACUGCCCGGUGGCGACCACAACUCGAGCGUGAUCGAGGAGGGCUACUUUGAAGCCAUUGCCGAUUUCGUGAACAAAAUCGUCGCGGAAAAGGAAAAGGAAUGAGAUGGCGCUUCCCGGGCAAUCCUUAAACAAACAUCACCAAUGACACAGUUCUCCCCAUCUGUUCUAAGACUCAGGAACUGCAGGGGCGGGCCCGGAGGUGGGGCGGUACGGGGGGUGAGGAAUGUGAUGGUUGAUUAUUCUCAUUGCAGGCCUCUUUCUUUGUUUUUUUCAAGGUUUGAUACCCCAUCCUGCGACAGGAAUUCGGGAAGGUUCGUCGAUAACCCACUACUUCGGAGGCACAGACUACCUAGACCAGAUUUCGAUCCUUUCCAGGCAAUAUCCAAUGCAAUACCGCACGGGCAGCAUCGCUGGCUCGGCAGAAGCGCCCAUCACAGUACUCAUGUGAGCGGGAAGUGACUGGUCUGUGUCCAGACUGAAGCGGACGGAUGGAUGGGCGGGUAAAUGGCCGAGUUCACGCAGACGACGGAACCGGCAAGACAAACCACUCUAUGUCACACAUAUAUGGCCCCUUUUAGACGGUUUCUUCACGCCUGAGAGAUUGCCAAGCUUGGGACCUGCAUUGCUAUGCUGCCCCGUUAUCCUCUUCUGAAUUAAACUUGCCCACAAACGUCUUUAAACCAUUCCGUCGGAUACGGACGCGGGCAGCUGGCGUCGCACGUCACGCGA